AUUAAGGUAUUCUUUAAUAUAAUUAUAAUGAUAUAAAUUAUAGUAUACAUCAAUGUGGGGAAGUCGAAGGUGAUGGUCUUCAGGAAUAAAGGAGGGAGGGAGAAGGAAAGAUUCUGGUGGUGGGGGGGAGAAAGAAUAGAAGAAGUGAAGGAAUACAAAUACUUGGGAUACGUAAUGACUAAGUGUGGAGGAGAAAAAGAGCACAUAAGAGAGAGGAUAAGAAGAGCAAGAGUGGCAAUGGGAUGGAUAUGGAGCUACGGAGAGAGAAAAUUUAAAGGAGAUGUAAAAUGGAAACUAAAACUCUUUGACAGUAUAGUGAAAGGGAUUUUAUUUUAUGGGGUAGAAGUGUGGGGAUAUAGGGAAUGGAAGGAGGUGGAGGCGGUGCAGGAGAAAUACUUGAAGUGGAUUUUAGGUCUGGACAGGGUAACACCAGGGUAUAUAGUGAGGGAGGAACUAAAAAGGAAUAAACUGAGGGUGGAAACGGGUUGGAGGGCUGGAAGGUUUGAAGAGAAAUUAGAAAAAGGGAAGGGAGGGGAAAUAGGGAUGAAAUGUAUGGUGGAGAAAAGAAAAGAGGAGAGGGAGAAGGAGAGGUGUGAAUGGCCAAGGGAGAGUUUAGAAAGGGGAAAAUAUCUAUGGAGGGAGAUUUGUUCGCGUCGCAUGCUGCAAAUAAAUCUAGAGAGAACACUUGGAUCACAGAUAAGAUGGUGGUUGGAGCAGUUGUAAUUUGAGGUUUGUCCGCAUCGCACGCUUUCACCCAGAAAGUACUUGAAUCACAGGUAAGGUGACGAUUGGAGCAGUUACAUUCAUGUGCUUCAAUGU